UUGGUCUAUAAUAUACUUUUUAACAUCGUUAGCUAGUUACCAAUCAAAUCUACAGAAAAAUAUAAUUAUUUAUUAUUUUUACAAAUCGCAAGAAAGUUGUGGCCUGUGUACAAAAAUACUUCGUGAAAUAAAUCGCGUUAUAAUUUCUAUUAUAUCGAUUAGAAUAGGACAAUGAUUAAACUUUUUUCAUUGAAACAGCAAAAGAAAGAUGAAGAGGGUACAGCGAGAGCUGGUGGUUCACAAAAGAAAGCGUCGGCAGCUCAGCUGCGGAUUACAAAAGAUUUGAAUGAGCUGAACUUGCCCAAGACCUGCAGUACAGAGUUUCCAGAUCAAGAUGAUUUACUCAAUUUUAAACUGAUAAUAUGCCCUGAUGAGGGUUUCUAUCGAGGAGGCAGAUUUGUAUUUAGUUUUAAGGUAGGACCAAACUAUCCUCACGAACCUCCCAAGGUGAAAUGUGAGACGGCUGUAUACCACCCUAACAUAGACCUUGAAGGAAAUGUCUGCCUCAACAUACUAAGGGAAGACUGGAAACCAGUGCUGACAGUCAACUCCAUAGUGUAUGGGCUACAAUACUUAUUCCUGGAACCGAAUCCAGAGGACCCACUAAACAAGGAGGCGGCAGACGAGCUACAGAGCAACAGGCGGUUGUUCGAGCAGCACGUGCAGCGCGCCAUGCGCGGCGGCUACGUCGGCUCCUCCUACUUCGAGCGCUGCCUCAAGUGACCCACGAACCAGCUGUGAAUACCCUCAACAAAGCAUUUUUUAUUACUUUAGAUAAAUUACAUCACGCUAUAUUAUCACAUAGGUCAGUGUUUUAGCUAAACCGGUCUUAUGAAUGCAAAUAAACUUGUCAUGUAUAAUUUGAAAUACUCGUGGCGCUGUAGCUGCUUGCUUUUGACGCUUUUUAAUUUGACUUCAGUGUUUAUAUACAGAUGAUAAAUUUAAAUUAUUAGUGAAACAAUAGUUUGCUAGCACAAAAAUUUGAUUCUCGCUCUUGUUAACCAUUUCGCACCACAGACUAGAUAGUACCUAACCAGCAUGACCGCGUUUGUGUCCUUUGGCAAGCAAUCUUCUCUUUAAAAAUAAAACACUAUAACUGACAAGUAUGAACCGAAGUGCAAGAGGGACAAAUGUCUUAUGCCAUAAACUCGAUCAUGCUACCCACGCCACGUAUCAUGCCUAUAAGAUUUGUGUAGGUACUCAUUUUAAUGGAACAGAUGGCUCUACACAGAAAACAUGCAACAUUUUGUGGUGACUGAAUUGUGGAUUGUAAAUUGUUAGCAGACAAAAUCUUAUUGGCAUCCGUAUAUAACCUCUAUAAGAGUUCAGUUGUCUGUGGUUUUAAAAAGACGGGCAAUGUUGGUCGCGAAUCGAGGCGUACGCAAUUAAUUGUUUUAGCCAAUAUGUAUGGACAAGUUCUGGCCGUAACGGGCAACGCGAUUUUUUUUGACUUAGAGAUGAAUUGAGUGCAGCUGCCUUAGUGUACAUAAGUAACUAAAUAUUAAAUCUAGUUUCUUUUAUAAUUCUUUUGGAACGAAGCACCUUGGUGCACUCGCCUCUGCAGUGUUUUAUAAUAAACUCUAAAUAAGAAAACUCAUUUUGUUUCUAAAUUAUUAUAGAUAUAUUAGUAUAAAAUGUCAGGGUUCAACUGCUACUUCGCUAAUAUGCGCAGCUUUUGAGAAAAAUAGCAGCAGUUUGCUUGAUUGGGUCAUUGGAUUCUGUAAAAUACCCUGUAAAUUACUUUAAAAUUCAUUAUUAUCAACUUUUUCGGUUAGACGUGUACAGUGUACAGGUAGAUUCAUCAAAUCCGGCGGGAGAAAAAUAUAAACAAUUACUGAUGUAACAGUAUGUAUACGAUGUCAAAAUUAUAACCCGUAAAUUAUAACGCGUAAGGAUACGCGUGAGUAGCGUGGCGAAUUACGAGUACAAGGUUUAGUACGAGGGCGGAGGCAUUUUUUUUGCGUUUAUACACUCAUGUUCCCUAUUCGCCACGCCACUUGCACCAGUGUGCAAAUAAAUAUCAAGUUAUUCACUUAAUGUACCAGUUAUCAUAAUCACUAUGUAUUUUUAGCAAUCAAUCUUUACAUUUUGCUCGUUCAUCGAUUUAUCAAAGCUGGUAUAAAAAUUUAAAGUAGUGAAUUAAAUUAUCUGUGUGUCUGUCAAUUCAGUACACAUUAAAACUGAAGGUUUGUCUAUUUUUAGACGUCCAAGAGAUGGAGACCUACAUUUUUCUACCAUAGCAUAGAUAAAUAAGUAAGCAUAGAGUGCUCACUCCAUACAUGACUUUUCUUACUUAAUAAUAUUAAGCUGUAUGAGAGGUAUGGUAAAACGUAUUGCUAAUAAGUUUAGAACUUGCUUAAAACUUUAUAAUUAUUAAGCUUAAAUAAAAUUAUAAAUAAGUUUUCGCAAAGCUUGGUUAAAACUUCUUAUAAAUAGGUUUUUAUCUGUGUGGAGUGAGCACUAUGCUUACUUAUUUAUCUAUCUAUGACCAUAGGUAGGAUUUUGAUAAAAGAACGUGUCUAUUGUUUGAGGUCAGAAAAUGUGUUAAGACUCUUCUUAUACUCGUACACCGACGUAUCGUUAUACCGCUUACAGAUGUAGUACAUAAUUGUUUUCCAUCGUAUUUUCUCGGAAACGUUCGUAUUUGUCAUGCUACCUACUUCAGUCAACCUCAAUACUUUUUGUACCGAGACUGACUGAAAUAGCAAGACACGUUCGUACGUUUCCGUGAAAAUACGAUGGAAAAUAAUAAUGCACUGUCAGAUGUAGUGCAUAAUUAUUCUGUACAAGCCGGCCAUUAACGUUUCUUCACACCAAUAAUGCUAUUCACUUGUCUAGACCAAAAGUUUUAUUCACUAUUUCUCGACUAUAACUCAAAUCUAUAGAGACAACUAGUUACAAUCAUACAUUAUAUAAAGGUGUUAAAGCAAAUCUUGUCAGUAGAAAAAGGCGCAAAAUUAAAAUUUUCUAUGGGACGAUAGCCCUUCGCGCCUACAUUUUUUUAAAUUUGCCGCCUUUUUCUUCUGACUAGAUUUGUUUGACCAACUAUAUAUAUGUACGAUUGUAACUAGUUGUCUCUAUAGAUUUGAGUUAUAUUUGUUUCUAGACAACUUUACUUUAGGCAUUACAUUGUUCUUCAUAUAAAGUUGAAUAGAAAGUGCUAAAGGGUACACUGACGAGACAAUUGCUGCUCAUAUUAAGUAAAUAUCUUGUGAACUGCAAAUCCAACUAAGAAAAACUUUUUUUUUUAAGAUUUGAAUUUAACGUUAUGAAUAUUUUGUAUAAUUUUAUAUGUAAUCAUAAUUCACGAGAAAUCACUUUUCCAAUAGGAUUUAUCCCUAGCUUUAUGUGUUUUCUUUUUUUUUUUAGUAACGAUAAUCCUUUUAAUUAACUGUUAGCUAUAUAACUAAAUGUGAACAGCAAAAAUAGAAGUACAUAGUAAAUGUUUCGGUCUGUAAAGUAUAUUAAGAUUACUUUUGAGAAUAAACUGUGAAACAAAUAGUUGUAUUUAUUAGCAAUGCA